AUGACCGGAUUUUACUUUAGGAAAGGAUAGAGACGAGAAAAGAAAACCCCAGGCACAGCAACACAAGGAGCAGCCUAUCCAGCAAAACGCAAUAGUGAAACAGAGGGGACCCCAUGGAGACACUAACUCAGCUGCUAAAACAACAUUACCAACUCUUUGGCUCUAUGUACCUCGAUGCGAUCUUGGGUAAUAACUUCAUACAAAUUCACAGCAUUCGAGACGCAGAGAGUCCUCGAACUUUAGAAAAAAUAGCUGACAAUUUCUUUAAAAAUUUGAUGGAGGGGAUCAUAGAUGUGGGCGAUGCACUACGUCAGGAGGAGAUAAACUUUGGGAGGAUUCUUGAAAUUGUCUCCAACUUGAAGGACGCUGCCAAUAGCUUUGGUGCUCCUAGAUUGGUACUGAGUUGUGAAGCGUUCAGAAUCUGCUACAAAAAUGAUAAUAUUGAAGGAUUCGUCCAUUGCCAGAAGCAUCUAAAGAACGACUUCCUCUGCCUUAAAAAAACACUUAAGGCAUUUUUCCAGCUGGAGCAUAAAAUCCUAGCUGCUGGGGGAACAGUCCCAAUCAUCAAGUGUCCCGUCAAAAACUGAAGGGAAUGUUAAAUCCUAGCUCAUGGAGAUUGAAGUCUAGCUGUCUCAUAAUGUCUCUGGAUUUUAAAAUUCUGAAUUCCAGUCCUUGAAUCUACUAGCCAGGAAAAUCUGUUUAUUUGGUUCUGUACUUCUAGAGUUCUGUUUUACUAUUGUGCUAAACUUUGUUGUUUUCAAAUCUAAAAGAUUGAUUCGACUUUUGAGGUAACUGUGUUAUUGUGGUUUAAGUUACUAUUAACUUUUAAAGAUGACAUAUCAGCCUGUUAUUUAUUCAUGCAAGUCACCACAUUUUAGAGAUGUUUUUUCCGGAGGUGCUAUGAUCGUGGACACUAUCAAGAAUAGGCCGCUCACACACCACGAUUACCACUAAAAUCGUGGUUCUCCCUCGCCUCCCGACUUCCUUGCAAACCACAACCGAAGCCCUAUUUGUAAGAAUUUUACAGAGCAAAUGAAAGUGAUAGUGUCAGGAGCUGGAUUUUGGUUCUUUGAAUACCAGCCUUUAUCACGUUGUACUUGUUUGUUCAAAUUUGAGUUCAGUUCAUUC